AUGGAGCCUGGCACACCCCGCAAUAUCAGGCUUGCUGUGUUCUUCUUCAUGGUCUCGAUUGGUCUCUGGAACUUCUUCCUCAAUGUUGCGGCUCGAUACAAAGAACACCCCUUCGACCAAAUCAACGGCUUCCCUCUCUGGGCUUUGAACAUUAUCACAAGCACAGUGUACGUUGCUUGCACGGUCGUCUACAUCAGCAUGACAUGGCACUAUGCUAAAGAACAUCCAUACUGGUCGGUGUUCUCCCUCGUCCUUGCACUUCUCAUGACAGGGUCCAUGAUCUGGGCAGGUCUUGACCUGUUCGACUGGUUCGUGUGGGGCCCGCUGGUCGUAGAUCUAGCCAUCAUCGUCCGCGCCGGCAUCGAAGAAGUGGCCAACAGCGUCGAGUCCGGAUUGCUGCGCAAAACCUGGAAUGGCUUUUGGGGGUAUGAAACUCUACUCCCCCAGCCUCCGCCGCAGCAGCAAUCUCGCGUCGACGCAAAUGGCCAUGAACCCGACCCUGAAGCGGCUCACGAGCUCGUAACUAUGGUGGGCCAACCCAGCAACAACGGUUAG